AUGGUUGAGUUUUUCAAUAGUGGUUUGGUAAUAAAAUUCUUGACACUGUGUGCCCUUGCUUGUUGCUUUAACAACGUUGUACCGGUGGCUGAGGCCCGAGUUCGAGUCUACAGAUGGGAGGUUAAAUACGAGUUUAAAUCGCCAGAUUGUUACAGGAAGCUCGCCAUAACUAUCAACGGCAAAACUCCCGGGCCGAGCAUUGUCGCACGGCAAGGCGACACCGUUGUCGUGGAGCUCAAGAACAGCUUGUCGACCGAAAAUGUGGCCAUCCAUUGGCAUGGGAUUAGACAGAUUGGUACACCGUGGAUGGAUGGAACAGAAGGGGUGACUCAAUGCCCAAUUCUGCCUGGUGACACUUUUGUGUAUAGAUUUGUUGUGGACAGACCUGGCACGUAUUUGUAUCAUGCACAUUACGGUAUGCAGAGGGAAGCCGGUUUGUACGGCUCGAUUCGUGUAUCCCCGCGUGAUGGCGAAACCGAGCCGUUUACUUACGAUUACGACCGAAGCAUCAUCCUCACCGACUGGUAUCACAGGAGCGCUUACGAACAAGCUACAGGCCUAUCCUCCAUCCCCUUCGUUUGGGUUGGAGAACCCCAGUCAAUCCUGAUUCAAGGCAAGGGAAAAUUCAAUUGCAGCACACCAGGCAUCGAGGCCGCGCGGUGCAACGCGAGCAACCCCGAGUGCGUACCCUACGCUCUAACUAUCGUACCCAGCAAAACGUACCGUCUUCGGAUCGGUAGCCUCACGGCACUCUCAGCCCUGAGCUUCGAGAUCGAGGGCCACAACAUGACGGUAGUCGAAGCCGACGGACACUACGUAGACCCAUUCGUCGUCACCAACCUCUUCAUCUACUCGGGCGAGACCUACUCCGUCCUCGUCACGGCCAACCAAGACCCGUCCCGAAACUACUGGGCCACCGCCAAAAUCGUGAGCCGUAACAGCUCCACACCCGCCGGCCUCGCCAUUUUCAACUACUACCCGAACCACCCCCGCCGGCCGCCCCCCACGAUCCCUCCCCUCGGGCCCGCCUGGAACGACGUAGAUCCCAGGCUGGCUCAGAGCGUGGCCACACGGGCCCACCCGGCACACGUCCACACGCCGCCACGCGCCGCGGACCGGACGAUCGUGAUGCUCAACACACAGAACAGGGUGGACGGGCGAGUUAGGUGGUCGGUCAACAACGUGUCCUUCAACCUCCCGCACACGCCUUACCUAAUCGCCUACAAGCACGGUUUGCUGGGCGGGGUGGACAGGCGGGCCCCACCGGACGGUUACGACUCGGCGAAUUACGAUAUUUAUAGUGUGGCGAGGAACGUGAACGCGACGGUUAGCAAUGCGGCAUAUAGGUUGAGGUUCAACUCGACGGUGGAUGUUGUGCUGCAGAAUGCCAACACGAUGAGCGUGAACAACAGCGAGACGCACCCGUGGCAUCUGCACGGGCAUGACUUCUGGGUGGUGGGUUACGGGAGGGGUAAGUUUGAUCCCGAGAGGGAUCCGAUGGGUUAUAAUCUGGUGGACCCGAUAAUGAAGAACACGGUGGCGGUGCACCCGUACGGAUGGACGGCGAUGAGGUUCAGGGCGGAUAACCCGGGAGUGUGGGCGUUCCAUUGCCAUAUAGAGUCGCAUUUCUAUAUGGGUAUGGGUGUGGUGUUCGAGUCCGGGGUUGAGAGGGUGGGAAAGUUGCCGGAGUCUAUUAUGGGAUGUGGGGAAGCGAGGAUUGUUAAUCAUAGUAGGCCAUGA